AUGUUGCCAAAAUUACAUUAAAGUUCGUCUGUGUAAUCAGUAAGAACAUCUGAAGAUUUCAGUUUAAAUGAAGCCAAAAGGAGAUAAAAAUAAUUGGAGUUGGAGUCUUAGACUGUUGAGAAUCGAAUCAAAUAAUUAAAGAAAGAAAAUGAGAAACUGUCAAAAAAAGUGGAGAUGGCAGAACAAUUGGCACUUGAUGUGUAUGCUUCACGACUUGCAUAGAAGAUGAAAGUAAUUAUUUCAGGUGUAAUAAAUAAAAUAGAAAGAACAGAAAUAACAUCAACUCUCUAUGAUUGAUCCAACUAAAUACUAGUAAACUUAAUAUGAAAGGAUGCAUCUCAAAAAGAUGAAAUAAGAGGUAAGAGAGUUGAAGCAUUAAGAUGCUUAAUUAAUGAAAAACUCCAUUAAAUUCGAAUUAAUGAGAACAAAUGAAGAGCAAAUUAAAAUUGCCCAAAAUCUAAGGUUGAGAGCAACAUUGAAGAAGGAGGAGGAAAAACUCUCAUAAGCUAUGAUUCAAGAAAAACUAUAUGAGAAAUAAUAGAAGGUGCGAUUGGAGUAGGAGAGAGAGAGACAAAAGAUAAUUAUGGAAAAUGAAAAACAUGAAUACUCAAUAAAGCAAUUAGAAGCGUUGGAAUUGAAAUUAGUCGAAAAACUGCAAGCAACACAACAAAGAGAAUAGGCUGUAAAAGAGAAACUGAUGGCAGCAACUAGAUUGGCUCCUGAAGAUUUUGAUAGAACUUAUUUGGGUGGUCAGUCAAUAAUAUAAGAGCAAGAGAAACAAGUAAUAAUGUAUUAAGUAAAUAAGGAGUAAAAAUAGGAAGAGUAAAAAGAAUAAUAGGAAGGAGGGCAAUAAGGAGAAGGAGGUCAAUAAGGAGAAGGAGGUCAAUCAGGUGAAGGUGGUUAAGGAACAUAAACUGAAUGAUAUGAUUGAU